CGGGCGGCCGGGCAACCCGGGAAGGCGGCGGGGAAGAACUGGCCUCUUCCCCGCUGCGGCCCAGGGGCCCGGCCCAGAGUUGGGGGCCCCGGGCCCCCGUGGGGAAGGAGCCUAGAGUGGUUUUCUGCGUCUCGGGCUCCAGGACCGCCCCUCCCGGUGCCUCAUUCACCUCACAUUGCGGUGCGUUUGUCCUGGGGAAGUUGAGCGGGCCGCGGAGUGAACGGAGUCACUCAGGUCACCCUGACUGGAAGUCGGCUGACUGGCGUCACUGAAACAACAGCUCCUGAGUUUGAAGAAAAGACGGUGAGGUCCAGCUGUUUGGACAAAAAGAUGACAGCCUGAUUCGCAGGCCCAGCUUGUUGGUUUAGAACUCCUGUGGCCACUCCUGACCUCUCAUCUGGAUAGAGAAGAGGCUCCUGGCCCGGGACAGAGGAUUGCAGCCCUUCUUCCGGGAACUCUGGACGCAUCUUCCCAGCAUCCUCUAGCAAAGAUGCGUCAGCUCAAGGGGAAGCCAAAGAAGGAGACAUCCAAGGACAAGAAGGAGCGGAAGCAGGCCAUGCAGGAGGCCCGGCAGCAGAUCACCACAGUGGUGCUGCCCACCCUGGCUGUGGUGGUGCUCCUGAUCGUGGUGUUCGUGUAUGUGGCCACGCGCCCCGCAGUCACCGAGUGAGCCCCUCCGUUCCAGCUCUCCUCUGCAGAGCUGUCUACAGCUCCGAGCUCUCAGCAGGAGGGCCCUAUCUUCUCUGCUCUUUGACUUGACUAAAAUUUCUCUACUUGCUUGGGGGGGGGGGGGGAAUAGGGAAUAUUUUGUCAGUGAAUGUGCCAUACACCUGAUGGUCCACUUCAUGUGCCUUUCAGACUUCAAAGCAGAGAGAGAGAGAGAGAGAGAGAGUGUGUGUGUGUGUGUGUGUGUGUG